GAUUGGGAAAUAAAAAAAGAUAGAACAAAAUUAAAAGAGAUGCUUCUCUCGGAUGAUGAAUGGGAACUAUUAGACAAACUUAUUGACUUGUUGAUGCUAUUUGAGGAGGCUACACGAGAAUUUUUAGGAAAUAUAUAUAUAAUAUUAAGCAAGGAUACCAUAUUCGAAUCAGAUAAUGAAGACAUGCAGCCCAUUGAUUUUAAUGAUGAUGAUAUUAUAA